AUGAAUCCAGCAGAGCACGCUUCUUUUAACGAAAUACAAAAACGCGGCGUAUCAAUAGCAAUAAAAGAGUUUGCCAAAGACUUAAAAAGUAUAUCUGGGACAUGUAUGGAUGUCGGUUGUGGUCCCGGAGACAUAACAAAUAAUAUGCUUUUACCAUCUCUUGACUCAAAUGCUGUAAUGAUUGGUGUGGAUAUUAGCGUGGUCAUGAUUGAAUAUGCGACGAAAACGUACUAUCACGAUACACGUCUCAAAUUCGAAGUGUUGGACAUUCAAACUAAAAACUUGCCGGAAAAAUUUAUUUCUAAGUUCAAUCAUAUAUUUUCAUUUCAUACUUUGCAUUGGUGCAAUGAUAUCAGAAAAGUAUUUGAGAAUAUGUACCGCAUGCUUCAAUCUGGUGGAACUAUCCUCGUACUCUUUCCAGCAUCUCAUGAUACGGUAUACGAAGUGCUUAAGAAUAUUGCGCAAGAUUCCCGUUUUGCGCCUUACUUACAGAAUCCAUAUAAAUAUAUAUCACCGUUUUAUAAUUCAAUCCUACCUAAUGAAGAUCUAAAAGGUUUACUUGAAAGUGUCGGCUUUAACAUUCAACAUUGCAGUCUUCGGGAGAUAGAUUUUUCCGAGAUAAAUGCGGAUACUUUUCUAUCUUCGAUUAUGUCCAUUUGUAGCUUUUUGGACGCGAUGCCGCCUGAACGAAAAGAAGAAUUCAUAGUUGAAUUUCGACGUGAAUACAAGAAUUAUAAAUGUAAAUUGUACGGCGAUAAUAAACAUGAUGGUAAGAAAGCACCAAUAUUAGAUAUACACAAAUUAUUGGUUGCUUAUGCACAAAAAGAUGCGCAAUAAUU